AUGAACCAUGGUAGAUUUCGCCAUACAGCCACCGUAUUAAUAAAUGGAAAAGUGUUAGUUACUGGUGGAUGGAGUGAUGGUGCUUUGAAUAGUUCUGAGCUGUACGAUCCAUUAACAGGAACUUGGACAACUACUGGUACCAUGAAUUACACACGCGAUUAUCACACACUAUCCGUAUUAACAAAUGGAAAAGUGUUAGUUACUGGUGGAUAUACUGGCGUUGAUGCUCUAAAUGAUGCUGAGUUGUACGAUCCAUCAGCAGAAACUUGGAUAAUGACUGAUAGCAUGAAUAAUGCACGAUAUGACCACACAGCAUCAGUAUUACCAAAUGGAAAAGUGUUAGUUACUGGUGGACGUACUGGUAUUAUUCUAAAUAGUGUUGAAUUGUAUAAUGCAUCAACAGAAAUUUGGACAACUACUGUUAGCAUGAAUAAUGCAAGAAGUGACCAUACAGCAUCUGUAUUACCAAAUGGAAAAGUGUUAGUUACUGGCGGAUACAAUAGUCAUGGUACUCUAAACAGUUCUGAGUUGUAUGAUCCAUCAACAGAAACUUGGACCGCUACUGGUAGCAUGAAUGAUGCACGAUAUAUGCAUACAGCAUCCAUAUUAAAAAAUGGAAAACUUCUAGUUACUGGCGGAUUUCAUCGCUUCCAUUUAGAUACGUCUGAGUUGUAUGAUCCAUCAACAGAAACUUGGACCAUUACUGGCAACACGAAUGAUGGACGAUCUGAUCACACAGCAUCCGUAUUACCAAAUGGAAAAGUAUUAGUUACUGGCGGAUUUGAUGGCAUUGAUUAUCUUGAUAGUGCUGAGUUGUAUGAUCCAUUAGCAGAAAGUUGGACAACUUCUGGUAGUAUGAAUACGGCACGAUCUGAUCAUACAGCAUCCGUAUUAACAAAUGGAAAAGUGUUAGUUACUGGUGGGCAUAAGGAUAGUCAUGGAGCUUUGAACAGUGCAGAACUAUAUUGA